AUGGACACAGUGGCUAGUACUGCUCUUGAUGCGUUUGUACAUCACAGGCUUCCUUGGAUGGGUAAAAAAGCAGUUGAGAUGGGAAGAUAUUACGGGUCAGAAGCGCUCAGAAACCCUACAUUACAGAAAAAGGCUAUAGAUUAUGCUUUGGACAAAUUAAAUUCAAUGAUUCAGAAUGUCGGUUCUCAAGGGGCAGCACUAAAACAAGGAAUCCGGAAUCCGGAAUCCGGAAACGGGAACGGAAUCUGGGAAAGAGGGAUCCAAGAGAUUAAUUUUAAAAUAAUAAUAAUAACAAUGAUAAUGAUGAUGAUAAUGAUGAUGAUAAUGAUGAUGAUAAUGAUGAUGAUAAUAAUAAUAAUAAUAAUAAUAAUAAUAAUAAUAAUAAUAAAUAAGACAGAAAAGAUAAGACUAUAGAUUUCCUGGUCAGAGGAGACUACUCUUUAUGACAUGAGGACUGGAAUCGAUGCAAUUGAAAAUGCAAAUUCCCAUGUGACAGCAAAGAUAAUAAAGACGGCUGACAGUCCGGACGCAUCAAGUCCGUUUUGAAAGAGGUAAGGGAGGCACUUUUUGUUUAAAUCAACAGAGACGUUGUUUAAGUAACUGAAAUGCAUCGUUUUUCCAAGGUGUCACUUCUGGGUUGUCUUCAGUUUUAUUUACAUUUAAAACUUUGAUUUUCCUUUGGCAGAUCGCGUCAUGGUGAUGAGAGGACAGCAACUGAUAGUACUCGGUAAGCUGCUACUUUAACUUAGGUAUAGGUGAGAGAAAGAUUUUUUGUUGAUGUGAAUGAAAUUCAGCAAUACCUCCGGUGUUAAAUUCUUGUCUGUCAAUCACUUCCCGUAUAAAUUGGUCUCUCAUCAAUCGUCUCGUAGAAGCGUUGAAUAGAAUGCUAUGGUUAUGUUGUUGAUGUACCGAGAAAGUGCAGUUCUGCAAGCUCAUUCUAUAAAGAGGUUCAAUGUGAUACGGCAAAGCUUUAGCCUGCCUAAUACUUUCUGAAAAACUGUGCUACGUACAGUUUGACCACAAAUGACUCAAAUUUCGCCAUCAAACGUUGCCUCUAUCUGUUAGUUUUAGUUUAACAUGUUCUAAUAUUAAAUUCCACAAAUGCUGUGCAUUCAUUUUCCGCUCUUUUGGUGCGUAUCGUUUUAUUUUGUUGUGCUUUAGUUUUUCUAGCUCGGAUUAUAUAAAUAAAAUUCGAACUGACGCUUGUGUAUUGAUUGAUUGAAACCGGAGAUAAAGACAAAACAUGGAUAUUUUUGGACGCUUGCACCGUGAGAACACUAAUUUCUGAUUGGACGAUACAACCAAAGAGAGAAAAAGGAAGAAAACACGUGUUACCAGCAUUGGUGGAAGUAGAACGUGCCGCGAGAGAACGCGUGCGAGCAGGGCGAAGCCGCGGAAUGCGGAGGAAAAAGAAGAGCUUGCUGCGAUCUCUUAUAAAUUUUCAUUUCGGCUUCACCCAUACGAAGUGAAAUAACCUAACUUUUCUUUUUCCUUGCACACGCGCCUCUUUUCGCGUGCGGCUCUUGGGUGACUUCUCGCUGCUCCCUUAAAUGGCAGGACUUCAUGUCAUGGACCAAUAAAUUCGCUGGAUACACUUUCAUACACCUACCCUGUUCACUAUAGAUAUCGUGGAGUGCGCGUAAGAAAAUAAAAACUUUGAUAGAUUGACUGCUAGCGCGAGGGUUAGGGGUAGGUAAAUGAGAAAAUAUAGAAAAUAUAUCUCUUUUGUCUUUCUCCCUGGCGCUUCACGCACUUUUCGCACGCAUAAUCUGGAGUCAAGCGCAUUUAGAACAACCUAGCGAAGUUCGAGAGCCGGGGCCUACAGAAGGAAAUACAGCGUGGAAAAUCUGGAGGAGAUACAUCACUUAGCCGGGACUCAAAGGAUAUCUGACAGGGAGACACUAUGUCACAAUGCCAUGAAGACUUUUCCCUCACGGAGCUUGAAAGUAUUAAAUUAACGCAUUUUCUAAUGGUUUUUGUUCUUGUUGUUCUCGGUCGGUAUGGUAUAGGGUGUCAAGUCCUUCUUUUUAAGAAGGUGGGUUGCGACAUAAUAUUCAGAGAUGAAAUGUGUACAACUUUACGAUAAAGAGUGACCCUUGAUUUGAGUUUCGUGAAGUACAGGUUAUACACCCCAAACUAAAAUAACAAACAGAUUUGCGACACAGUACGUCUGCAGGUAUUUAGGAGGCUAAUUUCUUGAUUUCAUUUGGGUCUACCGAGUCUACCAUUUCCAAGCAGCCUCAUAAAGCUUACCACUACUAGAAGUGAUUUCCUCCAUAAUCCUCCUGAACUCCAAUGUGCUGCUCUGCCUUGUUUUUUAAGCCACCAGUAAUAAACGCACUGGCAAAAUGGUUGCUCCUUAACAUCUGUGCCAUCGUCUGCCAAAAAAAGAGUGGUAGAGACGCGCUUAUGCUUUCGUGAUUAAUUUCUUUCUUUGCGCCAUUUCAUAACAUUACAUUCUGCAUAAUUAUGUCAUUCCGCGAGCUAUGCCACAUGCCAUUCCACAAAGUAAUUCCGCCUUCUUUUGGCUUGUUUCCUAUUUUCUCCUAUUUUUUUCUGUUUUUGUAGUCAAAGUUCCUAUUUUGUCCUUCUUUUUUUUUAAGCAAUGUCUUUCCUCUUGUCCUAUUUUCUGAGUGUCAUUUGCCACUUGACACCCGGAAGGUAGAAAAGUAAAUUACUUCACGAAUUUCAGAAAUUAGCGCUAGUCAUUUCGUUCAUUCAUUUUACAUUUAUUUUUACAUUAUUUUACAGACUUGCUGCUGCAAGAGAAUUGUGAUGACCUGGAAUUACAUACGGUAAGCAAAAUAAUCUUAAUUUUUAGCCUUCGCAGUUCACGUGGUUCUUGUAGUGAGCUGCAUGCUUACAAAUAUACAUGGUUUAGGUUUACUCUCUCGAGAAAAACGACUACUGAAUACUGAUGCCUCUCCUAUCUCCCUCCUUAGCGGCCAGCUCUUAAUGCUACCAGCAUUGUGAAACCCUGUUUUAACUGACUUAAACUCUGUAAUGUAAAGCUCUCUUGAGCAACCACGGCACACCUGAUUGUCAUAGUUUGAAGUACGCAUGCUAUGAGAAGGAAUGAAGGAGAAGAAACAUCACAGGAAAUAUUUUCAGAGAAAAGUGCUAACAUACUGUGCCCAAAUUUACUUUUGUCCACAAAAAAAAAGAAGAAGAAAAUAUAUAUCAUAUAAAUAUACUCUUAGCUAUAAUGCAGGUAAUAGUUACUCACAUGACAUGUGUGCAAAAUAUGAUAUAAACAUAAUGGGAAUGAUAAAUGAGACCUCACAGAAUGAUCAGAAAAAAAAAAGCCUCAGAGAUCUGACCAUGAUGAAAUACCAUUGUCUCUUGCUAGAACCCAUUCUCGUAAACGACCGCUCUUUUACGAAUUCCCACGGUGGACAAUUUCUUUCCGGAGAAACUGUAAAAACGGAUAAGAUACAAAUAGCGUACAAUUUAAACUUCAUAUGUGCUGAAUUCCGUUAAAAAAGUAAGGGUUAUCUCAGCUCUGGAACUGAGCCUUCGUAUGAGUAAUCAAAGCAAGCGUUUUGGUGAUGUCUUUUUAUCUCUUUCCUGAAAGGAUAAGACUCAAGGCGAGACAGGAAUUUGAUCUAUUAAGUAAACUCGUCUGAUAAGGUUCGUACAACCUUGGAGAAAAGAGUCAUGUUGGUAUGUCAUGUAUUCUCGUUAUAAGAAGGGGUCCACAGUUUUGUACCCCUCGAGUUGAAUAAUAACUAUACCUUAUUCGACGGUUUAGUGUGUAGUAUCGUGGGAUAUUUUUAACCGUCUCUUGUAUUAUCAUUGAUUCUGUUUACGUUUACGUUUCCGGAUUCCGUGUUUUAGUGCUGCCGGUUCUCAAGCUCUUAACCCUUAUUCAACCAAAAUACGACCAAAGAAAAACUACAAAACAAACAGGAAAGAUUUGGAGGGCGCUGGAUUACUUGAUAGUGCAUUAACAUCAGGUGUAUUUGGAUCUCCGUAUCAUGUGGACUUUAAGAAAGGAUUCAAAUUAUUGACUGACCCUGAUUUGCUCAAAACACCAACCAAAAAAGAAAUCACUGAUAUGAAGGAGCGUGUGAAGUACUACAAGGAGCAAUACAAGAAAGCUAAGGCUGAUGGUUACAAAGGGUCGUAUACAAGUUACAUAAAAAAGAUGGGUUGGGCAGAAAAACCAUCUUUUACAUUCCCAGGAUUUGGAGGUGCUAUAGAUAUCCAUAAACAGAUUGGAAAAUUACCAAAACCAAAAGGUGGAUGGACCUUACCAGGCCAUAAAUACACAGGCCCCUACAACAAUCUCGAAAAUCAAGUAGGAUACAAUCCAGAAACUGGUGAAAUAUUAGAAAUUUAUGAUCAACGAACUGGGCCAACCGACGCAGUGGCCAUGCAGCAUGAUAUUGACUAUAGUGUUUGUGGUGAUAACUGA